GGAGACUGGGGAGUAUUAUCAAACCUUCGACUAAUCUAGCCAAUAAUUCAACACGCAUUGAUUUUAGGAAAUUCGCUAAUGGGUACUUGAUCGACCAAGAGAAUUUACGGAGAGAGAAAGUGGAAGAGAAAGGACGAGAAAGAUAGCAGAAGUUUUCAACUCUUUUGUAGGAGUAUCUGUUUUCUUAAGUUCUCAUCACAAACUCGAAUGCAAUCUUCUCCUUUUUCUCAAAAAGUAUUGAUUCCAUUAUUCCCUUCUACUUAAAUAACUUCUCCAAAAAGGAAUUAACCUUGUCGUUUCUACCAACCAUCAUCUCCACCGUGCGAUUAAUCUUCAAUACCAAUGACGAUCCCUCGCCAUUGACAAGAACAAGGGCUUCCGUCGAAUCAAGUUUGGAAAUUUUAUGUGGGUAUGAGCGAUUGAUUUUGAGGAGUUUUUUUUGGUGGGUUGGAGUUGAUGAUGGGAGGUGGGUGCGAGGGGGAAAUUAAGACUGAGGGGUUGUGUGAUGUGGAGAGUACCGUAUUCGUGGCGGUGGGGAAGAAAGUGAAGGACAGCAAAUCGGCGCUGUUGUGGGCGUUGCAGAGAUUUUCCGGGAAGAAAAUUUGCCUUCUUCAUGUUCACGAGCCAGCACAUUCAAUCACACUCAUAAAUGGGAAGUUCUCAAUCAAUAGACUGAAGCAACAAGCAGUGAAGGCCUUGCAGGAACUUGAGUGGCAGAAGAUGGACAAGCUUCUAAAUCAAUACUUAUUGAUUCUAGCCCAAGUAGGGGCAGGUAAAGUAUGGAUGGAAAUGGACAAUGUAGAGAAAGGAAUUGUGCACCUUGUCGCUCAGCACGAUAUCAGAUGGCUUGUCAUGGGAGCAGCAGCAGAUAAGCACUAUUCCAAGCAACUGUCAGAGCUCAAGUCCAAGAAAGCCACCUUUGUGUGCGAACAAGCUCCAGUUUCCUGUAACAUUUGGUUUGUUUGCAAUGGAAGCCUCAUCUAUACAAGAGCUAGUGAUGGCAACCUUAUCUCCCAUGUGCAAAGCAUCAUGACAUUGCCUUCUUCUACGAGUAGUAGUGACACAAAGCUAUUAUGGAGUCGUGCAAAAUCAAACGAGGAAGUUGAUGAACAGGAGGGCCUGUCAAAGGUGUUCACUUCUCAGGUUUUGGUGCAGUCCACUGACAAAGUGGUUGGUAUUUUAGAACCAAACCCCUUGGUGAUGGAUGAGAUGGGAGGACAUGGGUCACCUUUACCCUCAUCAAACAAGGUCCAAGACCAUCUUGAUCAUCCAUCAGCUGUAGUUUUGCUGGAAGGAAAAUCCAAGGGACUCGCUACUUCUGAAAUUCAUGGUAGACAAGAACAUGCUAUCACAGAUGCUGAACAUUCAAAGAAGAAAGCAUUUGAAGAGUCAUUGAGACGGUGGAAAGCCGAAGAAGAUGCCAUGGAGGCUUUACGCAAGGCUGAAGAUCUAGAAAGUUUGUGCAUGAAAGAGAGAAAGGAAAGAAAAGAAAUGGAGGAAGUCCUGGCCAGACAAAAACAGGAUUUAGAAAGUAUGAAGAAUCUGCAUGAUCAAUACACAAAAGAACUCCAGAUGGUCCAUGACCAAAAACAAGUUCUAGAGAGCCAACUCAGGGAAUCUCAUUCUGUUGAGGAUGAGUUAGGUGAGAAGAUUGUUCAGGCUGUAGAACUCUUGAAGACAUUCAAGGAAAAACGGGAUAAGCUACGGAUCGAGCGUGACAAAGUAAAAGGAGAAAUUAAUGGACCAAGGAGAUUGGUGAAAAAGGAUGCUGCAGACCCAUCCAAGCUACAGUUUUCCGCUUUCUCCUUCUGGGAGAUUAAUGAGGCGACACGGGAUUUCGACCCGUCCUGGAAGAUUGGGGAUGGGAGAUAUGGGAGUGUUUAUAAGGGGAUUCUUCGUCAUCUUAAAGUUGCUAUUAAAAUGCUGCCCUCCCAUGGCUCUCAAGGCCAUGUGGAAUUUGAACAUGAGGCAUGGACUCUAGGCAGGGUGAGGCAUCCAAACCUCGUGACCUUGAUUGGUACCUGCCCAGAGUCGAGGUCACUUAUUUAUGAGUACCUAGAAAAAGGCAGCCUUGAAGAUCACCUCGUCCGCAAUGGCAAAACUCCCCCAUUAACAUGGCAAACUCGAGCAAAAAUUGCCAGUGAGAUAUGUUCUGUCCUCAUCUUCCUCCACUCUAGUAGGCCUAGCAUCGUCCACGGGAAUGUAAAACCGAAAAGUAUCCUUCUUGAUGCAAACUUUGUCAGCAAACUCAGUGACUUGUGGGUCUAUCGUUUUGCCCCUCAAAACGUGAACCCCACUGACCCGGAGUCCUCUGUGUAUGUGGAACCUGAUUUUCUGGAGACUGGAGAACUUACUGCAGAAUCUGAUGUGUACUCAUUUGGAAUCGUACUGUUACAGCUUUUGACUGGAAGACCAGCCUUGGGGAUGGUGAAAGAUGUGAAAUGCGCACUAGAAAGGGAGAACUUUAAUGCAUUGCUGGACGUUGGAGCUGGGGAGUGGCCACUUGAGGAAGCGAAAACCUUGGCUCAUUUGGCGUUGAGGUGUUGUGUGGACAAGCGGGACGAUCGGCCAGACCUUGUGUCACAAGUAUGGAGUGUGAUUGAGUUGAUGAAGGAAUCAUGUACAUCAAAGUUAAACUCCAAGGGACCUGGCCGAAUUCCCUCUCAUUUUGUCUGUCCCAUUUUCCAGGAAGUCAUGAAAGAUCCACAGAUAGCAGCAGAUGGUUUUACAUACGAAGCAGACGCAAUAAAAGGAUGGUUGAAUAGCGACCACAUAACUUCGCCGAUGACAAACCUUAAGCUCGACCACUGCGACCUGAUCCCCAAUUACGCCCUUUCCUAUGCAAUUCAGGAGUGGCAGCAACAGUCCUAACACUUUUUUCAUUUGUCUAGCUCUACAUGGUGAUAGCUGAUAUAGAUUAUACGAUUUCAUGCACAGAAAGGUGAAUCCACUAUACGAGUCGGUUGAAUAUCAAAAAUUUUAAAAGAACCUCGGGUUGAUAUACAUGAUGUUUACUGCCCUGACCAAUUCAAAUGAGUGAAUUACUUCAUGGAUCCAGGUUCAACUUGGACCCUCGAACUGAUGAUAUGUUUGGUUCUUGGUUUUGUCAAUAUAAAUGAAAAUCACGUCAGAA